GAUUCGCACGUGAAUCAAACAGGCCGGAGGGUAGAACUGCUAUUCACGAGCAACCAGGAUGGUGUCUACUGGAGGUUUCGUCCUUAACAUUGGAUACAAUGUGGCGAUCCUUGCCGUAUUAAUUGUGCUAUUCAUCAUUCUUGUAAGGCGACCAGGGAAUCUCCAAGUCUACUUCCCGGCUAAACUCCAAGCUGGUAAAGGGCCUCCAUCCGGCGUAGUAUACAGGACUCCAUUCGAGUGGUUGAGAGAAUUAUUCAAUGCCUCAGAGGAUGACCUGCUGGACAGUGCGGGGCUGGAUGCUGUUGUCUACAUCAGGUUUUUCCAGACAGGCUUGUGGAUACUACUGGGAAGCCUUGUAUAUGGGGUGCUGCUGAUUCCAGUCAAUUACACCGACAGCAACUACGAGGAUGCAAAGCCGGUUGGAAACAAGACUGUUGAAUAUAAUAACCUGGACAAACUUACAAUGGGAAAUAUCAAGAAUGGCGGAACGCGGCUUUGGGCACAUGUGAUUGGCGUAUAUUGGGUGUCUUUUGUGGUCUAUUACGUUCUUGCCAAAACGUAUCGCGAAGUAGUGAAUUUGCGAGCGCGGUCUCAGUCAAGAGCAGGGGAUAACGUCAACCAGUUUGCAAUCGUUGUCACCGACAUUCCAGGCAACGCUCAAGGAAGCAAAAGAGCCCAGCAGAUUGAUGAAUUCUUGCUGAAAACGCAUGGUUCAAGCUAUGCCAGUGCUUUCCACGUUGUUCACAUGGGAAGGGCAUCUCAGCUGUUCCAGGAGCUGGAAACGGCGAAGUCGAAAUUGGCUCGUGCAGAGGCGAUUCUCUCGAAAGCACCAGGUGAACCCCGACCAAAACACCGAACAGGUCCUCUAGGACUGAUUGGUCCGCAGGUCGACAGCAUUCAGUACUGGACUAAAGAGAUAAAGGAUAUCGGAAGCAAAUUAAGAGCAGAGCAGCAACUGGCAGCGGUUGAGAAGGGCAGGCCAGCAGCAAUUGCUUUCUUCAACAGCCGAACAGCAGCUGUGGCAGCAUCUCAGACUGUUCAUGCAAAGGCCGCUGAAACCUGGCAAACAUUUCCUGCCCCGGAGCCGCGAGCGAUUAUAUGGGAGAAUUUGGGGUUCCGCUACUAUGAGCGAACGGUGCGGCGGGCCGUUGUACAUUUCGCCACAUUCCUUAUUAUUGUCUUUUACAUGAUUCCUAUUGCAUUUGUGUCUGGCUUAUCAACUCUGGACAACUUGAAGAGGACGCUCACGUUUCUGAAACCUGUUUUUGAGAUUGGUGCAGUCAAGGCGAUCCUUGAUGCGUUUCUUCCCCAGCUGGCUUUGAUCGUCUUCCUUGCACUGCUCCCAGGCUUGCUUAUGAAGCUCUCAAAGUCAGAAGGAAUACUUUCUCUGGGUCAUGCGACUCGUGCUGCAGCUGGCAAGUACUUCUACUUCAUGGUUUUCAAUGUCUUCAUUGGCUUCUCCAUUGGAGGUUCUCUGUGGAGCCAGCUUGACAUAAUCCAGAAAGAGCCAGCGAAGAUCAUCAGUAUCCUUGGGAAAUCACUUCCCAUGAACUCCAUGUUUUUCAUCACAUUCAUCGUCACGAAAUCAUUUACUGGCUACGGUCUCGAGCUAUCGCGAGUUGUGCCGUUGAUUAUAUUCCACAUCAAGAAGAAAUAUGUGUGCAAGACCGAGAAGGAAGUGCUUCUAGCCUGGAAACCGGGGCCAUUUUCAUAUGCAACCGCCGUGCCAAAUGACUUGUUGAUUAUGACCCUGUCACUCUGCUACUCUAUUAUUGCUCCGCUGAUCCUUCCAUUCGGCAUCGUCUACUUUGCAUUUGGUCUCCUUGUCAACCGACGCCGGGCGCUCAAUGUUUGUGUUCCGGAGUUUGAGAGUAAUGGUGCCAUGUGGCCGCACAUCAGUUGCCGAAUUCUCGCUGCGCUGCUGACGAUGCAAAUCACAAUGGUAGGGUACAUGGGCAUCAAGCAGGCCCCAGGAUCUGGGCUGCUCAUCGUCCCAUUAGUAUGCACUGCGAUCUUCUUCUUGUAUGCACGUGUGAAGUUCUAUCCGUCCUUCAGAGUGAGCUCUCUGGAGGUUGCUGCUGAAGGCGAAGAGCAUCACAUUCCCAUUUCAGUAGUCAAGGACGCAUACACGCCUGACUGCAUGAAAAGUGAGCAUGUGGGAAAGGUGGCCGAUCCAGAAGCUGAUCCACGAAAGCCAUCGCUCGAGAUUCCUUCUGACACAGAUGUGUAACUCUUUUUUUCGUCAGUCUUCGAAAUUAUAGAUAGCUAUUCCUGUAAAGGCUGGAGGAUCAACCUGUGUAUUGCAGGUUUAGCUAUGUUCAGACGGCUGGCUGGUUAUCUUCGGUCCACUGGAAGGCAGGAGCCGCAUGAAGGCCAGAUGCUGUGUUGGUCAAGUGGGUUUGGCAGCUUUGGCCUUUGUGACGCGUAACUCUCUUUUGGCAAUCUUCGAAAUGAUAGGUACCUUUUUGCAGCUAAGUCUCCAUGGCACCGACCUGCGCAUUUGAGGUUUACAUUGCGCAGGCUGAUUAUCUUCUGUCCGCUAGAAGGGAGGCAGGAUCCCCCCCCUCUUGCAUAAGGUGCAUGCAGCGCAGCUAUCGCAUCAGGAUAGUCAAUAUCAGCUGAGGAACGGCAAGAAAAGGAAAAGAUGAGACCCGAAGCCGUCACCGGUGCAGUGACCGCAUUGAGAUGGAAUGGUACGACGAUACAAGCAGCAUUUAUACCUCAUACCCUCCCAAUGUACGGAGCAGAUGGAAACAGUUUAAUAAGUCUGGUGGAGAAUAGCCAAUAGGACAUGGAGAAUAGACAAUAGCACAUGGGAUCUUACACAUGGGAUCUUAGAUCUUAGGCAGGGAGUUGGUUUGCGCAUUGGUCCUGUUGAUUGGUGGAAAAGACAACUGGGAAGGGAGGGAAGAUUGCCAAAGAACCAUCAUCAUGACUGUAGAAUGCAUGCAUGCAUGCAUGCAUGCGUGCUUGAAGUGAAGGAGGAGGGAGCAAGUUUCUACAGGGUCAUGGACCACAUCGUGCAUGGACGCAUCCAUGCAUCGAUGAUGUCAACUAGACAGAUUCUUGGGCCCCUGAGUUCACAUUCUUGCGGGAAUGGCACACUGUCAGGUAGCCAAAGAAUUGUGACGGGAGAAUGCACGCAUGCAUGGGUGCUCGAGGCGAGGGAGGAGGGAUGAACUGACCAAGUUUGAUGGAUUCAGAUUGCGCAUGCACGCGUUGAUGUUGUUGACCAGAUUCUUUGGCACGUCAGUUCACAAUCUUGCGGGAAUGGCAAAGGUAGGUGGUCGAACGUGAGGGAGGAGGGAGGAAGUUUCUACCAAGGAACAACCAACAGAGAGAUGCCAUCAAGUGAAGGAGAAACAGAGCACAAGGGAGUAAGUUCCGUGACAAAAGGCAUGAACGACGGGGAGAGGAGACUGGCUAUGGAGAAAAGGAGAGCAGGGAUUAGACAUUAGAGACACAGGCAUACUGUUGAAGGAGAUGCCAUGCAGAGUAGAUCUGGUGGAAUUGGGCGCUCAAUGGUGAGGCCAGUCAGUAUAGACAGCCAGGGAGGCAGAGGAUAUUUCUCAGACUAACGUAUGAGAAAAUCAGCAUGAGAUGAGGUGGGGGUCCCACGGCGGAGAUUCAACUUGAAAGGAGGGCAUUUCCUGCAGAAGGCACAAAAAUUUACGGGGAGAGGUGGGAGACGGGGGACCAGACAGAUCGCAGAAGUGGCAUGGGAAGUGUUUUUGGGGAAAUCAGCACCCUAAUGCUGCGAGCAGCCAGUGCAGAGGGGAGUCUAGAGAGCCAGGGAGGUAUAUUCCAACAGGUGGUACGUGGAGGUCCAUGCGAUUAUGUCAGAGAUGCUAGAGAGGAUUUAAUGGAGGGAAAUGCCGGCCCUUAUUCUGCUUGGAGUUGCCGUUGAGUGCACUUGAAAUUGAGAAAAUGCCCAUGGACGACUGGGAGGAACGUGCAGACUAUACCGAUGUCCAGAGAUGCAAGAUCAGGUUUGACAUCUAGUCAUUUGUGGAAGCAGAUCCCAGAUCAAUUUGCGGGGCUUAAUAUAAAUAUUAUGGGCCAAUAAAGCAAUAAUACUGUA